AUGGCCCCAACUAUUGUCCUCAUUACCGGAGCCAAUCGUGGUAUCGGCAAAGGUAUCCUAGAACUGUACCUGCAGAAGCCCAACCACACGGUGAUUGCGGCGAACCGCGACCCAAGCCACCCAACCUCUACUGCCUUGGCUGAUCUGCCAAAGGCUGAAGGCACUACUUUAGAGGUUAUCAAACUCGAUGCUCUCUCUCCCACCGACCCCGCUACGGCAGUGAAAGCAUUAGCUGCCAAGGGAAUCACCCACAUCGACAUCCUGAUCGCCAACGCCGGUAUCGCUCUAUCUUGGCCAAAGGUGUCGGAGGUCAAGGUGGAGGAAAUCCAGAAGCACAUCGACGUCAAUGUGUAUGGCUUCAUCCAUCUCUAUCAGGCUUUCCGACCUGUCCUUAAGGAGGCACAUACCCCCAAGAACUUUCUCCCACUGCAAAAUGGUGCAUAUGCUUCGAGUAAAGUUGCUUUGCACUGGUACACCAAGGCAAUCUCCGUUGAAGAUCCUUGGUUGAACGCGUUCCCUUUGGACCCCGGCUGGGUUCAGACAGAGCUCGGUAACCGAGGGGCCGAUUCUUUCGGGAUCGAAAAAGCUGCCAUCACCGUGGAGGAAAGUGUUGUCGGCGUGGUCAAAGUCAUUGACGCAUCUACGCUGCAAACUCACAGUGGGAAGCUGUUCAAGUAUGAUGGCAAUGAGGAGCCUUGGUAA